AUGGGUUGCAACUUAAGUUCUCCGAAAAAGCCUAAGACUGUCAGAGGAACAGCUGGUGGUAGUCAAGAAGAUGACAGUACUACAACUGAAGAGCGUAUUGAACAGGAUAAUAUAUCAGCUUCUACUGAAAGCAGUGAUGAGAGUGUGAAUGUGGAGGAAGAACUGUCAAUUGCCGGUAUUAUCAGUGAUGACAAUGUGACAACAACUAGUGAGCUUGAUACAGAAAGCAUUCAUACUGAAGAAGGCGAACCUGAUUAUGUAAGUUGUUAGGUAAAGUAGGGUGGGGUAAGGUAGGGUAGCGUAGGGUAGCGUAGGGUAGCGGAAGCUAAGACUAAGGCUAAGGCUAAGGCUAAGGCUAAGGCUAAAGCUAAGACUAAGGCUAAGGCUAAGGCUAAGGCUAAGGCUAAGGCUAAAGCUAAGACUAAGGCUAAGGCUAAGGUUAAGGAAAAUUUAGCGCUGGUACCAAAUAUGGAUUGUUGUUUAUUACUUUCCCUACCUUACCCUACUCUACCUUACCCUACUCUACCUUACCCUACUCUACCUUACCCUACCCUACUUUACUUUUUCUAUAUUCUCUUAUUUUUAACAAUGCCUAUAUCAGGUUGGUUUCCAUUGAAUUACACUCAAGCGAAUCAUUUUGCAUUCCAUAAAGCGUCAAGAUUAAAGGAUGUUGGCAGGGAUGGUAUUACAAUGCCAUCGGUUAAAUUCGUUAGUUUGGCUUUUGAUGAUAUUGAAGAUGUAAGCUUUGAUUGGAUUUUUGAAAACGUUUGCGUCGUGUUUCCUUCAAGGGAAAGACUUAAAGUUGAAAUCAUGGUAAAUGUAAAGGAGAAUAACAAACCAAGUAAGUCUAUGAUUUUAGUAAAGCAUAGGCUGUAAGAUGAGAGAGGGGGAAGGGGAGUAAAUCUUUGAGAAUUACUCUUUUGGAACCGAAACCUAAGGCUAAGGUUAAGGCUAAGGCUAAGGCUAAGGCUAAGGCUAAGGCUAAGGCUAAGGCUAAGGCUAAGGCUAAGGCUAAGGCUAAGGCUAAGGCUAAGGCUAAGGCUAAGGCUAAGGCUAAGGCUAAGGCUAAGGCUAAGGCUAAGGCUAAGGCUAAGGCUAAGGCUAAGGCUAAGGCUAAGGCUAAGGCUAAAACAUUGUAA